UUCCUUGUCCAGCGACCGUCGCCUCGCAGAAACUUCGGAUCCGGGCGAUAGCACGCCAUGGCCACCUCCGGGCAGAUCCAGCCGCUCAAGAUCCCUGACGCCGUCGUCGCGCUCGCCCAGGCCGCCGCCAAGGCCAACGGCGAGACCGAAAAGUAUCUCCCGGGGUGGCCGCUGUUCUCGCCCCCGAAGAUGCAGCUCACCAAGUGCGCCAAGUGCCCCAGGGAGUUCUGCUCGUCCGUCGCGUUUCGGCGGCACUCGCGCGUCCAUCGCCGAGCUCUCAAGAUAGACAAGGAUUUCCCCAAGAAUAGAGACCAUGUUGCUGCAUUCUGGGACAAACUCACGGUGGAUCAGGCCCAAACAAUUUUGUCCUUGGAGGAUGUGGUUAUAGAGGAUAUCAAAGGUUUAUCUGUUUUAACUGCAUUAUCGUCAUGGAUGUGUAAGCCAGGGUAUGCUUCGUUGCCGCUGCCAUAUGCAAGAGCUGGAAAUGAGCUCCUGGACCUUAUUCAAACAACGGCUUCAAGACUACCUAUCUCCUCGAACGAACUAUUUAGCAUGCUGGAUGAAGCAAGUGAGAAUACGUUUCUGUGUACCAACACAGCGGAUGCUGCCUGUAGUCAAAAGUUUUUGUUUGACGGGGAGGUUGACAAAGUUGCAACAGAGCUGAAAAACAUUGUUGCGUGCACUAGUUACAUCCUUGAACAGAAGCUGGUCGAAGCAUGGUCCACUGACAAGGCUGCCGAAUCAUUAAGAUGCCAGAAGUUACUUGUGGAGGAAGAGGAUGCUGCACAGAAAAGGCAAGCUGAAAUCAUGGAAAGGAAACGGAUGAAGAAGCUGAGACAGAAAGAACAGAGGUUGAAAGACCUCAAAGAUGAGGAUGCCAUCGUCCAGGUACCUGUAAUGGUGGAUGGUACAACAGGGAUUCAUAGUGUCGAGGCUAUUUCAGGUCUUGGUCUCUAUGAGCAAGAAGAUGCACAGUACCUUCAAUUGCCAGCACCACCAACACCUUCAGGUGAUAAUGGUUUCAAUGGAGAAGAUGUCAGACAUGAAGUUGAUAUGGGUGUUGUUUGGAGGGAACAAGCCAUGCCAACAAGUAAUCAGGACAGACUAGAAAACCUUCCCCAUACCAGCACUGUCUCAGAUUCCGUCGUUGCGUCGAAGCAUCCAUCUCCAACAAGGCAUUUACGUCACAGGGAUCCGAAUGCCAGCGCAGCGUCAAACAGAAGCAAAACAUGGGCAUGGAAAGUGCGGACUGAUGUCGAAGAACGAUGCCCAAAAGCCGAGCUAGAUGUUGAUGGUGGACAUGGGAUGGCUCCAAUUGCAGGUGAAAACUCCCGACUGCUGAUAGGAUCUAUAAGUGUCGCGAUCGAAGAUGGCGCCCGUAAAUGUUUGCAGGGCUUGCAGCCUUCCAAGGAUUACACAAGCCCUGAAUCCCAUCAGGUAGUCAAGGUGACGCAAUCAAUCAGCCAUGAUUUGAAUGGCUGUGAAGACAGUAUUGGUGGUGAUGCUACGCCUGCGGCAGAGAAUCAUUCUCCCUGUAGCCUUGUGACGGCUGAGAGCGGUUCAAGCUGCUGCGAUGCAGAGUUGGCAGCGGGUGGAGGCACUGUGCUUUCCAGUAAAGAAGCGGCGUUCUUCCUUUCUCAGAGAUGGAAGGAAGCAAUAGCUGGGGACCAUGUGAAGCUCGUCUUGUGCUCAGAAAACUGAAGCAGCAUAGCACUGGAAUGAAGGUCUAGAUAGGCAGUGCCCGCUGCUCAUUGGAUCUAUAUGUGAGCUCAGACAGCAGCAAAGUCUUGCAGGGUGUUGCAAACUUAGGUCGAGUUGGCGGUUAAGCUAAGUAUUGGUGAGAUAUGCAGAGAGCAGUUGAGUAUUAUUAUUUUAGACUUGAUGUUGAAUUAGGGAACCUAAGCUGAAGGUCAUACUGCAGUUGGAGAACUUAUUCGACAUACAUUGCAGCAGAUACCUUUCCUUGACAGAUGACUGUUACUGAGAAGCUGGCUGGCUAGCUCUGGGCCUCCAAUGUAUGUAGUUGUCAUGCUAUCUCCUUCAGUCUACGCAGAACAAUUAAUGGUAAGAAAUGCAUUGUUAGUUA